AUGCUAUUGCAUGAAUACAGAAUAUGUCUACCAUUUACAGUUGAAGAAUAUCAUAUUGGACAACUUUAUAUGAUAUGUAAACACUGUGAAGUUGAAUCGAAUAAAGAUGAUGGUGUUGAAGUUGUACGAAAUGAACCAAUUACUAA